CACCAACAGACGGCCCAAAAGACCACUCAACAACAGCACCAACAACCCCAGCAGCCCAUCUACUUUGGGCCGUUUGAUGUCACAAACCAGGUAAGACGAGACUUGAAUCUUGAUCUCUUGCGCUCUUUUCGCUAUAUUCUCUAAUACGACACCUUCCUGCUUGAAACCCCUCACUAACCUCCGCCCCCCACACCCACACCCCAACAGGUCUUCCUCAAGACACCGCACUCCUUUGCACUAGUGAACCUCAAGCCGCUCCUGCCGGGCCACGUCCUGGUGUGCCCGCUGCGCGCGCACCGGCGACUGACGGACCUGUCGGCAAGCGAGCUGACGGACCUGAUGGUGGCCGUGCAGCGCGUGCAGCGCAUGCUUGCGCGGCAGUACUUUACUACUACACCCUCUCCCUCUCCCUCAUCACCCACAUCAACAUCAAUAACAACAACAACCCCCCACCUCGCACCAGCAGCAGAACCCGAAGAGGGCUCCUUCAACAUUGCGCUCCAGGACGGGCCCGAAGCCGGCCAGACGGUGCCGCACGUGCACGUGCACGUGAUCCCGCGGAUCCGGGGGUCGACGGCCAAACCGGCGUCGACGCCCUCCGACGCCGUGUACGAGCGCAUGGCCAACGAGGACGGCAACGUGGGCGGGGCGUUGUGGGACCGGGCACUAAGGGAGAGGGCGCUGAAUCAGCAGGGACAGGGACAGGAAGUCGAAUCGGGAUCUGCUGGUGGUGAUGGUUGGGAAUGGGGGUCAACGAGGCCGCAGCCCGGGGGCAGUUUCCCCAGUAUCGAGGACGCGGCGCGGCAGGCUCGGAGUAUGGCCGAGAUGGAGGAGGAGGCUGGAGUGUAUAAGCGGUUGUUUGAGAUUAUGGACGCCGAGGAGAGGGAAGGAGGUAGAAGGUGACGGUCGGCUGAGCGGUGUGGUGUAAUUCUUUGCGAGAUGUACUGGAUUUCGUAGAACGGUACGAGGAUAGACGGACAGAGACGUCAUUUAUCUUCAUGGCCGACAUUAUGGUAUCUAUCUUCUAAGAUAUAUGUACACAGCUGAUGCCAGUUACGACCGGCUGCGACGUACAUUUAUACUUCCAGCGCCGCCCUCUUGCCGCCAAACCCAAAUACAGACCGCUAUCU